GCCACACAGGAAUGACGAAAAACGUAUCCUUACCUUACUGGUUUACCAUUGGAUGAUUGAAUUAAGUUUGAUGUUAUCUAUUUAAUUUUUAAGCUCCCAGGGAAAAACCAAACACACUUCGUUUCGCUGUUCGGACCACCCAAACCCUUCCCUCUUCAGCUCUUCUAUUCUCCCUCGCUCGCUUUCAACAAAAUCUCUCUCUCUUUCUCUCUCUCUCUCUCUCUCUCUCUGUAAUUCCGCUGUAACCAAAGUUUCGAAACCCUAGAACCUGAAAACCUUAAACCUUCGUCUUUGAUCUUACCGAGUUCUCUCAGCGCCAUGCGGAACACCUGCUGAAGUCUCUUUUGCCGUCGGUUCCUGUUUAUUCGUCCUUCCUUUUUAUCUAGUGGUUUCGUGGAGCCUUAAUUGGACUUCUUUCUCUAUCUCUAAUUUCUGUUUGUGAUAUCCGACGUUUCGUAUAACGAUGGCUGAAGGCAAGGCUGACCUAUCAGAGGAUCUUCUCUCAUUGAAAACUUCCGAUGAGCCGUGGACCUCCAAAGAUGAUGAUAUGUCUGGAGGAAAUGACGAAGACAAGGUGCUAAUGGGGUUUCUUGAUGAAUCCAAAGAUCAGGUAAUGUCAGAGAGCAGUAUACCUUUGUCUCCGCAAUGGCUUUAUGUCAAAACAAGUGAGACUAAGACAGGACCUUCCGGCCCAUCRGGGGAUUCCCGGGCAGCUAAUUCUAUGCCUUUUGGAAGCUCCAUAGUUCCUGUUCAAAAAGAGGGUUGGCGUUUGGAUGGACCUCAGGACAAGAAGGAUUGGAGGAGGACUACUCCUGAUAUUGAGAGUAGUCGUCGUUGGCGUGAAGAGGAGAGAGAAACUGGCUUACUUGGUAGAAGAGACCGUAGGAAAGAAGAUCGACGUGUUGACACUGUUUCAGCAAGAGAAUCUGCAGAGAACAGAGCCUUGUCAGCCUUGGAUCGGUGGCAUGAUGUAAAUAGUCGUAAUUCUGGGCAUGAAACACGACGAGACAGCAAAUGGUCAUCAAGAUGGGGUCCAGAAGACAAGGAGAAAGAAUCUCGCAGUGAAAAAAGAAUUGAUGGUGAGAAGGAAGAUAGUCAUGCUGACAAACAGUCAUUUGUAAGUAACAAUCGUGCAUCUUCUGAGCGUGAAACUGAUUCUCAUGAUAAAUGGAGGCCACGCCAUCGGCUAGAAGUUCAUUCAGGUGCAUCAGCUGUAUAUCGUGCUGCACCAGGAUUUGGGUUGGAUCGAGGACGAGUGGAAUGUUCUAAUGUGGGAUUUGCUCCUGGAAGAGGGAGGGCAAAUGUUAUUGGAAGUCUGUCAAUUAGCAGGCCUCCCUCUUCAGGUCCUAUUGGUGCUCCUGUAGAUAAGAAUGAAAAUGUACAGGGAAAAUCUGGCUUGUUUGCUGAUACAUUUUGCUAUCCCAGAAGAAAACUUCUUGACAUAUACCGUAAGCAAAAACUUGUUUCAUCUUUUGACACCAUACCCUAUGAGCUGGAAGAAGUACCCCCAUUAACACAAGUGAACUCUAUUGAGCCAUUGGCUUUUGUUGCACCUGAUGCAGAAGAGGAGGCUGUCCUUAGUGAUAUAUGGAAGGGGAAACUUACUGGCAGUGGAGUAUUAUAUAAUUCUUCUAAGGAGAAGAUCGUUAGAUCAAAUGAGAAUGUCACAGGCACUGGAAUUGUGUCAUCAACUGACAGCAAACAGGAAAUACUUCCUUCUAUCAGCAAUGCUGAGACUAAUGAUUUUUUUUCAAAAGCUGUGAUUGAUGAUGCUUAUCAAAGUAAUGAGACUGGAGCAUUUGAUAAUUGUGCCUCACAGUCACAGAUGAAUAUAUUGGAUGGGAGAGACAUUUAUCUUAAAAACGGUGGACACGAUAUAUUGGGAACAACAGCUGGAAUAGAAUCUGAUGAUUCAUUUUCAUUAGUUUCAAAGAGUAACAGUUGCUGCAGGAUUGAAGAGGUUGGAGGUGGUUGCCAUGAGGCUGUGUUGAAAAAUGGUGAAAACUGGCAAUCAGAAGACUCUGCUGUGUUGAAGCACCUGAAGUUUGAUGACAUUCAGUCAUCUGCUUCUUUUGAUAUCAGUACCAAGCUUCCUGAUGAUGCAAGUUCUUUAUUUGAUUUGUCAUCUCUCCAGCAGGCAUCAAGUGGCAACGAGCAGCAUGUAAAGAGCAAUGGUGAAGCAAAUCUUUUAGAAAGGGGUAUACCACCUGAGGAAUUAAGUUUGUACUACCGUGAUCCCCAAGGCGAGAUCCAGGGACCGUUUCUUGGUGUUGACAUCAUCUCAUGGUUUGAACAGGGGUUUUUUGGGACUGACUUACCUGUUUGUCUGUCAGAUGCCCCAGAGGGAACACCUUUUCAAGAGCUUGGGGAAAUAAUGCCACACCUAAAAUCUACUGAUGGGUUAGUUUCCAGUGCUCCCAUUACCAAGCCAGAUCCAUCUGAUGUCACUGGAGGCAGCAUUGUGGCUACUUUGCCAUUAGCUGCUGAUUUUACUGGUUCAGUUCUCAUGGAUAACCAAGGCUGGGCUUCAUCUGAAUUUGAGAAGCUUCCUGGUCACCAUACUCAGUCAAGAGUAUCUAAACGUGAAGAUGCAAUGGAGUCCCAUUAUUCCGAGGGUCAAAGUUUUCAUGACUUUGUUGCUCAAGAUGAGGAAGUUGUCUUUUCCGGAAGACCUGGUAGUAGCAGUGGAAAUCCAAUUCUGAGACAUUCUGGUACCCUUAAUGAUCCAUUAACAAAUCCCACCAGCCACCCUUACCUUGCAAAUGAAUCGGUAGAAUCUAUGGGCAACAGGUUGCAUCCCUUUGGCCUGCUUUGGUCUGAACUUGAAGAUGCUCAUUUGAGGCGUACCCAAUCAUCAAACAUGUCUUCAGGCAUUGGUGAUCAGGGCCAACCUGUGAACCCCAUUGUUGGAAGAGAAACAGAUUUUUCUAGUCACAACCAGAACUCAUUUGGUGCAAUGGCUGAUAGGCCUCUUGUUGGAGAGACAUGGUCUGAUGGUUAUAGAAGGAAUACACUUAACUCCAAUUUACAUCAAGAUGCAUUUGAGGCUCGUCACUUGGUGCAAAUGGAAAAAGAACCCAACCACUAUGAUCCAGCCGGACAUUUAAUGACACUGCAGUUGCAAAAUCAACAGCUACGGCAGCAAAAUCUAUUGUCUCCUCAUCACCAUUUGCGUUUGAAUGGGUCAGUUCUAGAGCAAUUGCCGGGUUCUGCUCUUUCUCAGAGCCGGAAUCCUGUACACCAUCAGCAAUCAAUGAGUCAACCUCUGACUGAUUUAGAUCUUCUGAAAUUUCAGCUACAACACCACAGGCAGUUUCAGCUCCAACAGCAGCAUCAGUUGCAACAGCAGCAACUUCAUCAUCAGCAGCAAAUGCAGUUGCAGCAGCAGCAGUCACAAGUUCGGCAGUUGCUACUUGAACAGUUGCUGCAUCACCAGAUGCAGGAUCCUGGCUUUGUGCAGUCACAUCUUGAUCCAGUUAGAGCUAAUGGCAUGCUUGAUCAGGUUCUUUUCAGGCAACACCUUCUACAUGAAUUGCAGCAACAAUCUCUUCCUCCUAGACAUCCUGAUCCAUCUUUAGAGCAGCUUAUCCAAGCAAAAUUUGGUCAGAGCCUACAGAGGGAACAUCACAAUGAUCUGCUGGAGAUCCUAUCACGAGCGAAGCAUGGGCAGAUGCUUACUUUGGAACAGCAGCUUCUUCAACAAGAGCAGCUUCAGGCAAGGCAAUUCUCUAUGGCAUCAAGGCAGCAGCGAGGACUGGAGGAUGAUAGACGUAUUGGUGGAGUCUGGUCAGUUGAUGAAACUGGUCAGUUGGUCCGGAGUGGCACUAAUCCACAUCAAUCCCAGCCUGCAGGAUUUGGUACCUUCGAUUUUUACCAGCGACAACAGAGGCCUUCCUCCUAUGGGGAACAAGUAGGGCAUGUAGAGCGGAACCUUGCAGUACAAGAGAGAUUGCAGAGAGGGCUUUAUGAGCCCAGCUCAUUGCCAUUUGAUCAGUCAAUGCCUUUGCCUGGUGGUACUCCUGGGAUGAACUUGGAUGUUGUAAAUGCAUUGGUUCAUGCUCAAGGUCCUGAUAUUCAUGAGCAGCACAAUCAAAUGCACUCAACUGCUCAAGUUGGGUCGUUUUCUUCAGGAGUGCUGUCUCAUCAGUCACAAGUUCCUAACCAGUUUCGUUCUUCACAUUUGGAUACAAUGGAAAGCCACUGGUCUGAAAGUGAUGAGCAGGUUGCAAAUAGUUGGGUAGAAGCUAGGGUUCAACAAGUGCAUCUUGGAGCAGAGCGGCAGAAGAGGGAACUGGAAGUUAACCUGGCACCUGAUGAUUCUAAUUCAUGGGUAUCAGCUGAUGGAAGUGAGGAAGUUUCAAAGAGGGCAUUGAUGGAUUUACUUCAUCAGAAGUUGGGCUUUCAGUCUGGCCAGUCAUUAGAAGUGGGUGAUAGUGCCCCUACAUCAUCAUAUGAAAGAAGAGAACCCCCUUGGUUGUUUUCUAGAUCAAAUUAUUCAGAUAUUCCAUUCAAUCACCUGACAGAGAAACAAGUGGGUCUAAGCAAUUCUUUUGCAGAAGGCUCACAUUGUUCUAAUUCAGGCAAUAUGAUGCAGGAUCGGUUGGUAAAGCUGGGUAUGGAAGAAUCAUCUAGCAGUUUGGAAAGCAACGAGAGGUUGCUCCUUAGGUCUAAUUCUGGUGCAUUGGUUGAAGAAGAACAGCUUUUUUUGGGAAAGAAUGAGGCUGGUCAGUCCUUUUUUACUGACUCCAAUAAAUCAGCUACAGAUAGGGAUAUCUUAGAGUCAAAGGAGGGGAAGAAGGGUAAGAAGCGUGUUCCAAAAAGUAAGGUUGCAACUAAUAAGCCUGUGGAGGUUCAGGAAACCAUAGCUGAACAAACAACAGGGGCAUUCAUAGAUCGUGGGGAGCUCCCAGUUAAUGAAUCCAUCAGGCAUCCUUUGCUUGGCAGCUCUGGUGGAAAUGUGGGGCCGUACAACUAUGAGGUGGGACUAGAUAACACUGCUGGUGAAGACAUGACCAAGGACAGAGUAUCCUGUAUCUUGUCCAAAGGGCUAGAUAACUCCACGCCUAAACGUCCACCUGUCUCUCGGGUUCUGUCAUCACAUGAUGCUUUGUCUGAACUGGCUUCCAUUGCAACUGUUAAAGGAAAAACUCCGAUGAAUGUGACACCCUCGGAUGAGGGUAGAAAAGUUGGAGGGAAUUCGGCAACCCAGGCCUCCGAUAGUCUGACAUCUGGCAAGAAAGAUAUUCGUUUCCGGCGGACCGCUUCUUGCAGUGAUACAGAUGUGUCAGAGACUUCAUUCAUAGAUAUGCUUAAGAGCACUGUCAAGAAACCUGUGCUACCAGAUUCUGAUCCCUUGGCCGGAGCCACAGAAUCAUCCGAUUCCGCACAAGGGAGUAGAAGCGGCAAAAAGAAAGGGAAAAAAGGGAGGCAGAUUGAUCCUGCACUCCUUGGUUUCAAGGUGUCCAGCAACCGCAUCAUGAUGGGUGAGAUUCAACGCCUCGAAGAUUAAACCCAAUUAUUUUGUAUUUCUUCUCAUAAAAUUGUACAGGUUCACAAGUUAUGUGAAUUUUUGCUGGUGAAAAUUCUUUCAUUUGUUUUAAUUUUUCCCCCUCAAUGGGGACAGUGGGCAAUAACCUGAUUCACUUUUGACAAUCAAGGUAGCCCCUUGGAGUGUAUUGUAAUUUGAGCGUGAGACUUUGUUGUACAGGCGUUUUAAGUAAGAAUAUUUAAAAAUUAAAAAAAUGAAGUUUACGAAUGAAAGAUUAUUAAUCGUCAUUCGUCA